AUGGAGGUUUCUAUGGUUUUAAAAAUUAUACAAGAGGAGGGACCUAGCUAUGGUUUACAACUGAACGUCUCAAAGACGGAAAUAAUUUGGCCUUCCUAUGACCCAAGAAGAGAUGUUGAUAAUGUUUUCCAUGCAAAUAUUGGUAAGCCAGUGGGUGGUAUUAAACUCCUUGGUGGUCCGGAAAAUAUUAAGUAUUUGCCUGGAAUAAAGCUUGGUCACAAUGUGGUUGCAGACCCAGACUUGGAACAUGCAGUGGAGGAUGCAAACAUGUUGGUAUUUGUUACACCACAUCAAUUCAUAGAGGGUAUAUGUAAGAGACUUGUUGGAAAGAUUAAAGGAGAUGUCGAAGCAAUUUCCCUUAUUAAGGGCAUGGAAGUGAAACCGGGAGGACCAUGUAUGAUCUCUAGUCUUAUCAAUAAACAACUGGGUGUUAAUUGUUGUGUUCUCAUGGGUGCUAACAUUGGAGAUGAGGUAAUAUUGCAAAAUGGACUUUAUCUUCUUCGUCGGGUUGGGUGCCAACAUUUAGUUUUGUUUACGCAGAUUGCUAUGGAGAAAUUCAGUGAAGCAACAAUUGGAUACAGAGAAGAUAAAGAGGUUGCACAAAGAUGGGUUCAAAUUUUCGGGACUCCUUAUUUUCGUGUAUCAGCUGUCAGGGAUAUAGAAGGUGUGGAACUAUGUGGGACAUUGAAAAAUGUUGUGGCCAUUGCAGCAGGUUUUGUCGAUGGCUCGGAGAUGGGAAAUAAUGCGAAGGCAGCAAUAAUGAGAAUUGGUUUGAAUGAGAUGAAAGCAUUCUCAAAAUUGAUGUUCCCAUCUGUAUGCGACAACACAUUUCUGGAGAGCUGCGGGAUAGCUGAUCUCAUCACUACAUGCUUGGGAGGUAGAAAAAGGAAAGUGGCAGAUGCUUUUGCAAGGAGUAGUGGAAAGAGGUUAUCAUAUUUCUUAAGAGAUUCAAUACGAAAUGGUUUACUUUUGAAGGGAGUAAAAACAGCAGGAGAAGUCUAUGAGGUUUUGUGCCAACGUGGAUGGCAACAGUCUUUCCCGCUAUCCCGGACAGUUCAUGUGAUCUGCACUGGUCAUCUUCCUCCUUCAGCAAUAACUCAACAGAGACUAGAUGAAAAUUGA